AGUACAGCACCAGCUUCCGUUGGAUACUGAAACUAAUCGGUAGCGGAACAUAAGUGGUUCGAAUUGCGUGACUGCACAGUAUCGGGGUGGUUAAACGUAUCUUAAGCUCUCUCACGAAGCCCUUUGAUAGGUGCCACGCUAGCGAACAUUCAAUAAAGCGAAGAUAAUGGAACAAAUAGUGAAGACUCGCGAUGUGGAAAAGUUCGUGUCGGAAACGAAGUACUUCCUCGACGAGUUCGAUUCCAUCAUUAGCCACUGGGACCUGUCGGGAAACUUCUUCCUGCACUAUCUGAUUGAAAUCCACGAGAACGUGACACAGUUGCUGUCCCGAUUUACUACGCUUUCACUAGAAGGUGUCGGAGACCGGAAAAGCAAACCUUUCUUCAACCUGAAAUGUUGCGAUCUCGAAUUUCAAACAGUAAAAGAUCUACGGCUACAUCACCACUCCUGUCGACACAAGAAAUCUCAUUUUGAAGAAACGGAUAACUGCGAGCUUAAAUCUGCCCUGCUUAAAUUGGCAUUUUUUAAUCGGAGGGUAAGCGAAUACGUACAGUACGGAACAAUUGCUGACCGUUAUCUAUGUCUGUACUUGAAGAAGAUCCUGAAGAAGAUCAUUAUCACACUGGACACGUUCAAUCUGUAGGGAUGUGCUCGCAAUGAUAAAACAAGGAGUGCACUGUCGUGUUUGUGUAGCCUUUAAGACUGUGUUUAUUAUGUUAAUUUAAAUGUAUAUAUCUUCAAUGUUAGCGAUAAACAAAACCACAGGGGUAACGGUAAGAAUGGUGUCUGUGCAAGAAGCGUAUAUGAUGCGAUUAAAUAAAGCUAUUUCAGAGCAA